UUGCGUUUUUCCCUUCACCCGAUCGAACAAGGAGUUGUAUCUUCCACGAGCCCGCAUUUCUCAUCUAGAGAAGUAAGCGCGAUUUGCAGGUCUUGGCUCGGGUUCAAAUCUCAUUUUCACAGCAAAUCCAUGGAUGUAUACUUUUCCCUGGCUAAGCCCAUCAAUAUCGGAAGACGCCUAGAGAACAUUAACCAAAGCUAUCAGGUCAGGCUUCACAUUCCUAUUGUCACUCAAGUUGUCGAAAACAACACACGACCAUUCUAUACGCACCAGACAUAUCAAAGCCUCGCCGUGCUUGAUCCAAGGCCUGUAGGCCUGCACAGUGGGAAGGCAAAUUUGACCGGGAUAAGUCGGGCCCACUGCAUUCCGAGUACAUGCCGAGAAUCACUGGACAAGAGGUCUCAGUUCUUUAGGUGCUUGGACGCGGUUCUCCAGCCAAAGCUCGGUGCUGAAAGGCUGCUCGCUCUAGAGUACGCUCAAAAACCUUGUAUGCUCGUCUCAACCGUGGUUGGUCUGCUCUCGGUCGCCGACGGUCUGCUUUGCCGAGGAGAUCUGCUUCAGCCGGGUACAGGGGCUGGUCUGGGUCGCUCGGGUCCGACUCGCCUCGCCGGUAACUGGUGCUUCGACCGCCGGUUGCUGCUUGAGUGA